UAUCUCAAUUCCUUCGGUGAUCGAUUUUCACUUGGAUUUACCCGCGCAUCGGUGUUGUGCCUCCCAUCGGAUUGCCUGCCUCAAGCCCGCCCGUGUUCCAGGCAGCGGCUUCGGCAGCCAGAGCCAUUUAGCUCCGGAACAGCAGGGCUGAAACCGCACUGGAAAACCCCAUCGACCGGGUGUUCCCUUCUCUCUGGGUGGCUUCUCUGCAGCGGAGCUUUGCGGAACGCGGUUUGCACGUUCAGCGCCAGCCCAUCGCCGUUUAGUCCUUUUACUUGGAAGCGCACAGCUCGCCCGACGGAUCAGGAUGGCUUUUUUUCUAAAAGGAAAAAAGAAAAACAAGAUCUACCCCUCAUAUGAGGAUGAGGCCCCUGCCCUACUGCCGGCAUUGGCGAAGCCUUCAACAUCAGCCACAGAGGGCAGGAGGAAAGAUCAAGUUGCACGCAAAAACAAGAUCUACCCCUCAUAUGAGGACGAGGCCCCUGCCCUACUGCCGGCAUUGGCAAAGCCUUCAACAUCAGCGGCAGAGGCCAGACCGGCAGAGGCCAGACCCCUAGUCUUGCCAGGGCUGGUGAAGCCCCAGACCAGCAAGCAAGACCCAAGCCAGCAGCGGCCCUCAAAAAAGAAGAGCCUCGAGGACUCUGGGCCAGCGCUCCCAGAACUCUCUGAUGAAAACUUUGAGUACUUGUGGAUGGGUAAGAAGAUCCUGGGAGGAAGAACCAUCAGAGAAGCCUUGGAGAUGAUGGAUGAAAGGGAGAUUUUGGACACCAUCCUCCAACACCUCCAGCCACCUCCCCAGAACGCCCUCUAUAGAUACUAUGGACUCAAGCUGCGGGAUUCCAGGAGCGCAGAGACAGUCCACCAGUACCUGCACUUACUCCUGACGUUGCCUCUCGAAGAGGAAGCAGACAGAGAGGGAAUUUCUGAGGCUAUUGGUGUGGCUUCAAGCACCCAUAUUUCCCAGGCGCUGAUGGCAGUGCGGGAUUUUGGCCGCGCAGCCAUUGCAAGGAAGACAGAGACGUCUGAGAAUACUAGCAAGACGAAUGCCAGUAUCACCGUCAUCCUUUGCUGCGGGCAAAUGGCAUUCGGGGCACGGCAGGAUGAUCUCCCCUUUUUUAUAGACGUCAUCACAGAGGAGCUCCUCUUCCAAUUCCAGAACAGCAGGAAGAACCAGGCUUUGAAGAAGAGCUUUAUGAAGGCAGCAACUCUAACAACCAAGGCGCUUGUGCAAUCGAAUGUGGGAUAUGUCACCUUCCCCCACAAAGACGAGCUCACCUUCUGCAUCAUAGAGGUUAUCAAAGAGGAGCCGAUGGCAUCGCUCACCAUAUUACACCAAGCGAUGGAAACUAUCAUUCGCAUGACUGCCUUGAGACCACGCAUGGACCCCCUGCUCCGGUCUCAGCUGCUACAAAAAACCAUCAGGAAGGUCUUCCAAUUGCCAUCAUUGCAGGUUACGAAGGUCAAAGCCGGGAGCUCUGUGCCAGCAACACAGAGCCAGGACUGCUUUCAAGAGACCAUCUACAUCUGGCUCAACAUGCUCACCAGCUUGCUGUCGGAGGCCCCCUCUCUGGAGACGCUGCAGGAGAUAUUAGUGCACACAAAUGGCUGGAUUGACUCCACAAAAAUCAGUGAGAGGCAAAGAGCAGUCAAGACCACCAACGUACUCAUGAAAUAUGUCUCCGAGCAUUUGGACUUUGAUGUAUCCCAGGAUUUCCCCCUUCUUGGACAGCUGGUGGCGCUCUUGUCCCUUCACCUCGCAGACAACGUGAAGGAGAUUGGCCUGCAGUCAGCGGAGGCCUUGUACCAUCUCCAUUACAUCAUGAUAGCCAAAAUGGGUAAGGAACUGGAGAAGAGGAGGAAUAAAAAUAAGAAAGGCAACAUGGUCAGAUGGGUCCGAGAAGACUUCUUCAUCCCUGGGCCCUCCCUCUUCCACUACCACAUCGCAAAAGUGGCCAAGGCUUUUGGGGAGCACCUCAAGCCCAGCCAGAUCAACGAAGUCGUGUUGAAGGCGAUUGACAACCUGACAGUGGAAGACAGAGCCGUCUCUCAGGCUGCAGGAAAGCUCCUGAGGUCCUUCCUUGAGGAAUGUGGGAUGGAAAUGGAGGACCUGCCUAUGGUUGUGAAGGAGAUUUACAACCAUCUCCACCAGAUCCCCGACACCCGCACUAAGGAAGAGACGCUUUCGGCUAUUGUCAGCCUAGCCACCAAGCGCCUACAGCCGGUCGUAGACAGCCUGUUGGACUGCUCGAUGGAGUGUGAUGAAAGUGCCGCAACGAUCUGGAAGUCGUUGGUCACCGAUCCGUAUUCCAGCGUCAAGCUGCUGAGACCCCUCCUGAAAAGGCUGCAGGAUGAAGACCCCAAAGCGGAAGUCACUUCCAGGCGACGCAGCACUUCUCAAAUGCCAAUGGCGGCUACCAACGCUCUGUGUCAUAUCCUGUCGUUGCCUGAGGCUGCAGGUAUCCUGAAGAGCAAGUUCCACCACCUGCUGUUUGCACUUAGCACUCGGAUCUGUUUUGUCCAUGAGGCGAGAAGAAGAGGUUCGAGGGCGACAAGUCUAAUCCCGGAGCCCUCUUCGCAUCUCGAUCCGCUGACGACCGCUGUGCAGGCCCUGAAACAACUGAUUGGGCGUGUUGAAUACCUUGACGAAUUUGAGGUUUUGGGCUGCUGGGAUAUGCUGUCAAGUCCAGAAAGCUUUUUCGAAGGCAUUCGUCUUCUGGCAAGGACCUUGUUCACCUCCUCAACCGAACAGUACAAGAGGAUUGCCCGAUUGGCACGCGAAUAUAUGUGCUGUCCAAACAAUAAGAAGAGAGCCAUCGGCAUGGCGUUUUACUUGGAGGUAGGAACUGGAAAAAGGGAAUGCCUGUUCUAAUGUUUCUAAUGGUUUCUUUAUUCCUCGCAAUUUAACUGUCAAAUGUUCUUUAGCAUUUACACAUUUUUUAUUUAAUUGUACAACUUCAGCUGCAUUCACUGCUAUCAUGUCUAAUAUAUAUGGACAAUAUUUUUUUGAUAGAAGAUGAAUGUAUACAUAAUAAAAGAUGCACUUACAGUGGCUUUGCUCCAACUUAGGGGAUGUCCGACUCUGAUACAGACACUUCCAUGACCUAGCGCGCAAGUUACUGCAGGCAGCAAUCAUACAGGUAUUCCGUUAAUGGAUGGACAAGUCUUCACCUUUGGAAGGCUAAGAUUUUUCUUAAAAUUACAUUUUUAUAUGUACUAUUGGAAACACCUUAAAGCUGGUAUAAGUUCAUAUGUAUUUAUUUUUGCCUGCUUUAAAGAUUGAUUUAUGUGUGUCUGCUGGUUUAUUA